ACCUCAAAAUUUUCGGUUUUCUGUUCUCACAUGGGACGAUCAAAGAGUCGAGUUCGUCGAGUUUUACCGCAGUUUUACCUUUGACUGAUUACAAUUUUCUGUUAUCUAUUUUAAAUCAAUCGAUAUAAGUUUAAUUUAUACUAAAAGUCAUUUAGUGAUAAUACCUAUUAAAUAAUAAAAGUUGUCUUAUAUUUGAGAACUUUUGAGAGUUGAGAAUUGUUUGGUAAAACCUAACCUCACUUUCAAAGAGUCCUUGGUGCCCUUGGUGAAUAUUGCUUUGAAAAUAUUAUAAUGGAAUUCUUUAAUUGAAAAGAAAAGUGUAUAGAAAAACGUUAAAGAAUAAUUAAAUUUCGAAAACAAAAUUCAAAGUGGAAAAGUGAACAUAACCUAAGUAGCAAUGGCUAAUGACAACAAAGCACGUUUGUCAAAAUCUAUUUUGGAUAUGAAGUUUAUGAAAAGAAGUAAAGAAAAAGUGGAGAAAGAACAAUUUCAAGAGGAAGGCGAAGAAUACUUUGACAAUCAAUUAACAUCCUACAUGAGAAAACAGACUGGACAAUUUAUUUUGGAGCCAAGUUAUUUAGUCUGUGAACAAUUAAUUGACGGUCGAGUAAGUUUUCAGGGAAUGAAUCCUGAAAUUGAGAAAAUAAUGGAGAACGAAGCACAAGGAAAAACCCAACCGCAAAAACAAAAAGAAGAGGAUGCCGAUGUUUCAGAUUCUGAAAUGGCCGACAGAUUUCGUAAAUUAAAGAAAAUUAAAUCCGAUAAUUCACGUGUCAAAUCAGUGCACAAAAAAUGGUUAAAAAAAGAAGAGCAACCACCUGUUCAGGAAAAAAGAAAAUUUCUAAAACCUGAAGAUUAAUUUUCUAUUCAAUUAAUUUUUUAAGAUUUAUAUUAAAUUGUAAUUAUGUAAAUUACUCUUUAUUUCAAUUUUCGCCUGUCGAUUUAUUUUCAUAUAUUUUGUAAAUAAGGUAAAAAUAUCUUUAAUGUUAUAUUCUACUGUAAUACGCAUUUUUUUUAUUAAAAAAAUCAUUUUUCUAAAA